AUGCGCCUCAUUCAUCGAGCUACAACUUUACUAAACGUCUGCCGCCAAUAUAGCAACAUAUUUCAGCUUACCUGCCCGGCUUCAAUCUCUUCAGUAUCAAGCAUGUCGACUUCAAGCUCCACUCCUCUUGCUCCGGUAAUAUCCGUAUGCCAUGGUGGUGGUCCCAUGCCAGUUAUGAACGACCCAGGUCAUGCCGAACUCAUAAAGUCCAUGAGCACUCGUGUUCCAGAAAUACUAGGCAUUUCACCCAACUCCUCGACUUCGAAUCCCCCCAAGGCUAUUGUAUUAGUUACUGCGCAUUGGACCGAGACACGUCCUCAUAUAAGCAGCGCUCAGCACCACGAUUUGUAUUAUGAUUACUCUGGAUUUCCAUCGGAAACAUAUAAAUUAAAGUACCCUGCACCCGGAAGUCCAGAAGUAGCGAAGGAGGUUUUCGAGCUAUUGGAUGGAGCAGGAUUAAAACCUGUGUUGGAUGAGAAGAGAGGCUGGGACCACGGCGUAUUUAUUCCCCUCCUCCUCAUUGCACCAAAAGCGCAGAUCCCCAUUGUGCAAGUUUCCGUUUUACGGUCGAAUUCUCCUGCCCAACAUUAUGCUAUGGGCCAGGCUUUGGCACCUUUGCGCUCUCGCGGAAUCGCCAUUCUUGGUAGUGGCAUGCCGUCAUUUCAUAACCUUCGUCUCAUGUUCUCUGGUGUCAUGAAUACUCCCGCAUACAAAGCACGUAAUGAAGAAUGGUCAUAUCGGUUGACAGAAACAUUGAAAAUAGCCGAUGCUGAAGAACGCGGUAAAAAGCUAGAAGAUUGGAGGCAAUGGACCGGUGCUGAGGAUGCGCAUCCUGAGAAGGGACAAGAACAUUUCCUGCCAUUGAUUGUAUGCGCGGGCGCUGGAGGUAAUGAACCAGGAAAAGGAUGGGCAGAUCAAGCUAUGGGUUCGCCGCAAUGGACAUAUUAUUGGGAUUAAGGGUACCUGUCAUGUAGCACUCUUGUGAACAUGACAGGAAAUUGAGGCGUGAGGCGAUAACUUUUACCCUGGGGAUAAUUCAGCAGAUUAAUAGGAUGAAAGACGCAUGACAUUUGCAUAUUAUAAUUUUCAAGACGACUUUGCCGACCUAAACUUUAUACAAGAGCAUAUAUUAUUUGUGGGGAACAUCACAAACUGGUAUAUCACACUGGUCACGGUCGCAUCAGACUAUUAUCUCUUUAGGUAUAUAAUCCGUUUCUUCUACAUGGAGCGUUCAAUUCUACGCCAACGUCUGAACCAAAUCAACUCAGUAUGCCAUAUCUUACCUGCAAGUUAGACCUUCACGAAGACCCGCACUUUGCGCCGCAUGAUAUUGGCACCCGGCGUCGUGCAUAUUCUAUGCUGGUGGGUCUCACAGGACUACAAGAGCUUACCAUACGCCUACUCGGUGGUCUUGAUGGUUAGACAGAGCCGUAUGAAGAAAUGACUGGAGCACUCAUGGAUGGAAAUCAAGGUAGCGGAAAGAUUCGCUCUCUGGUUGUCUUGUUCUGAAAUAGGCUGUGAGAACUUUGUGGGAGAUGAAAGAUUUGCUUUCAGAGUGUUUUCGAAGCCGUGUUUAUCGCUUCCUUCUCCAUAUCCAGAAAUGGUAAAUGGCGAGAAACUUAAUGUAGUGCUAUGAGUAUUUCAGGCACAAGGAUGAAUAUCAACCAAACCAUUGGGUCAGAUGUAUAUAGACAAUUGAGAGAAAAUGACGACAUUGUUGCCUUUGGAAGAUUGGGGAACAGUAUUACCAUACCAUAUCAUGGAUUAAGAUCUUUUGUGUAAAUAAUCGACAGCGUUAUCAGAGUAUGAUGUUGAAUGAU